AUAGUUUUGCUCGUUUGUAUUACGAGUUUCAACCAUUUCCCACACGCUCUCUCUAUAUCUCUACAUUUCUGCUUAUAUAGACUUGCAAUAAACUUUUCUUUGUAAUGACCAGGUCUUUGGCCCUCCAUUACAAACUCCAUAAAAACGCGUUUCUUUUCUCUCUUUAACUAUAGCUGCCCUCUCCUCCUCCUGCUCCUCCUCCCAGACCCCUUAAAAAUGGCCAUAAACCAUCACUCACUAGCUACAAUAAUCCACCUCUAAGCAUCACUUGUACCACCACGAAAGUAGUAUCGUACCAUCCCACAAACUAUUUUUUCUAUGGCUUGUGAUUUGUUUAACCUUCAUGUCUUUUCCUACCUCAUAUUUCUUUCUCCUUUCAUUCCUUUCGUUUUUUCACUCUCAACCGUGUCAAUAUCUGAAAUUUCUAACCAAACAUUGGUGUGUGCAUUAACACCUGCCCGUGGUACCAAACAGGACUCUUUUCUAAGCUGUUCAAGUUUUCCUCGUGGAAUCCAAAUCCCCUUGAAUCCUCCUAGUACUUCUUUUUCAGCUAUAGUUGGUGGAAAGGGAUUUCUCUGUGGUCUAAUAUCCUUGCCUUGGUCUCCUACUAAUUCAACUUUGGUUUGUUGGAGAUUCUCAGUUAAUGCUACUAACAUGAUGUCCUACAAGAGAAUUUAUCAUGACCUGGCUCUCAGUCAACUGGAAGCAGGAAAAUCUUUUGCCUGUGGCCUAAUUAAUGUCACUAAUCACCUCGAAUGCUGGCCGCGGCGAGAGUUCAACUCUAGCAGUAUUGCUCAGGGAUUAUCAAGUAUUGCUGUUGGUGAGGAUUUCGUGUGUGGGAUAUCGGAAUCCGGGAGUAUUACUUGUGGAGGAAGUAUUAAUAAUGCUUUCGAUGGCCAAAAUCUUAAGGGGAACUAUUGUGCAGUUGCUGCCGGGUUUAGGCAUGCUUGUGCUAUAAAUUCCCAUCAUAGGAUGGAGUGCUGGGGAAGUAUGGUUGGCGAGAAGCCGGAAGGUGAGUUCAUAUCAAUGGCCUUGGGGGAGAACCGUGGCUGCGCUCUGCGGACUAAUGGAACAAUAGUUUGUUGGGGGCAAGAUAAUUUUAGUUUGCCGGAGAGGUUAAAGAAGACUUAUUUUAUUGCAAUUGAAGCAACGAUAAAUGUUUUCUGUGGAGUUGAGAAAUCAACUUCGUCCUUGUAUUGUUGGGGUAACGAGAUUUUCAACUCCAAUUUACUGGUAUUUGAGGAAGUGUUGCCAGGUCCCCGUAGAAAUGAUUGUCCUGAUGCUAUCUCGGGCCCCCAAUGCCAAAGUGUUUUCCCGCAUUCUAAGAGCAAUAGCAAUUGUACUCCACCUCCGGCCAUAUGGCCUCCAACGCCAGAACCCCGUCAAGAGAGGCUAAGGAGUUGUAAUAAAUGGAGCGACAAAAUAAUGGCUUUUUUUGUGGUGGGAUGUGGAGGAUCCCUCGUUCUAUUGCUAGUCAUUGGGUUCUUCCUCUUCAAGUAUUGCAAGUGUAGAGGCUGCCGGAUCCAUGAUUCCGGCCGCUUGGAUGGUGCCGGGCCAGGAGCCGAUGUUGAACAGGGUGGUGCUCCAAGCCGACCUCAAGCCCCUCGAACUGAACAAGCAUCACCAGUCUUAGAGAAGCGGCUAAGCGAGUUGGCUAGCAUGGGAAAUGCAGGUCACUUGGAGGAAUUCUCUUUCCAGGUUCUACUUGAAGCCACCAACAAUUUCUCACCGGAUAAAAAAAUUGGCGCGGGAUGCUUUGGUUCAGUUUAUCAGGGCACAUUAGACGAUGGGUGCGAAGUAGCUAUCAAACGAGCUGAAAUAUCAAACACUUAUUCGUACUCUGUUGGAACAAAGCGUCAAGAGGACAGGGACGUUGCAUUUAUCAAUGAGCUUGAAUCCCUUUCAAGACUUCAUCACAAGAAUCUUGUCAAGUUGUUGGGAUUCUGCGAAGACAGUAAUGAGCUGGUACUGGUCUACGAGUAUAUGCACAAUGGCACCCUCUUUGACCAUCUCCAUAAGCUUGAAAGUUCACCCUUAAUGUCAUGGACUGCACGCAUCAAGGUUGCGCUAGAUGCAGCCCGAGGCGUAGAGUACCUUCACAGGUACGCAGUGCCACCAAUCAUCCACCGUGAUAUCAAGUCAUCAAACAUAUUGCUUGACUCCACGUGGACUGCCAAGGUGUCUGAUUUCGGUCUAUGUUUGAUGGGUCCUGAAGAUGAAAAGUCACACCUAUCGCUUCUCGCAGCCGGCACGGUAGGUUACAUGGACCCAGAAUAUUACAUACUCCAGCGGCUGAGCACGAAGAGCGAUGUGUACAGUUUUGGAGUGGUGUUGAUGGAGAUACUGUCGGGGUACAAGGCCAUACACAAGAACGAGAAUGGGGUGCAUAGGAAUGUGGUUGAUCUUGUUGUUCCCUCCAUUGUCCAAGAAGAAAUCCAUCGAGUUUUAGACUCGAGAGUGCCGCCACCAACACCAUUUGAAAUAGAGGCAGUGAUACGCACAGGGUACUUAGCGGCAGACUGUGUUACACUUGAAGGUCGAGAUCGGCCAUCCAUGACUGAUGUUGUAAGUAGCCUAGAUAGAGCAUUGGCCGCGUGCUUGCCGCACCCAUCUUCUCUUUCGCGGUCCACAACCGGGUCUUCGAUAUGAGAGACUAAAACUGAAAGCUUUGAUAACGUAUAUAACGAGUGCCCGGCAUCAAGAACCUGCCAUGAAAUAGUCCUCUACUUUUGUGCAUAGUACUGGUCUAAGCCGUUUCCCCUGGAUUUUUCACUC